CUCAGCUUCCUACUUAGUAUUUUCGUUUUGUUGAUUUUGUUGUAAAUUUCGAGUUGAUUACUUAUUAGAGAGGUUUUUGCAAAUGUUAAUAUGUCCAAGUUUGCUUGGGAACAGAUUUAAGAAAGUUAAAAUGGAGUAGGGCUUGCAAAAAGCCAUUAACUGGCUGUUCCGCGAUGGCUGGAUUUUUGACAGCGAAGUUGCGUCAACUGUCAGAAGGGACCAAAACAUUUACUUCGACAUUUGAGGUUUGUAAAUUAUCCUCUUCUAGCCGGCAGAUGGAGUGGAAGCUGGACAGCAGAAUGGAAUGGCAUGCUAAGUUAAUUUAAAUGUCUUGCUCAAGCAAGUUAAACCAGCAAGGCAAUAUCAAGAUGCUAGAGGCUGUGGGAUCACAGCUCCUGGUGGCAGAUAGCAUUGCAGUUGGACAUCAGACCACGAGGAACACAACACAUUGGGCUUAAUGAGGUUUCCGGAGAGCAGAAUGUCUCUAGAGGCUGCAUUGCCUUGGUCGGACUCUGUCCACUCAUGGCUAGGCCAUCAGCUGGAGCUUCGUGGUAUUGACUCCAUUAUUUAUACUCGGUACGUCAUCACCCUGUUGCAGCAAGAUGUCUCUGAGCUAGAAAACUCGGAAAGAGAAGAUUUAUGGGAGAGAAGAGCUGAAGCCAAACGAAACAAAGACAAAAAAGAAGGGAAAAAGAAAAGCUGCUCUGUUAGUGAAGAGGAUAAAAGGAAAACGGCUGCAGUUGAAUGUUUAUUAUCUGUGUCGGAUGAAGAAAGCGACAUUGAGAAUUUGGUUGACGAGUUGUGUGCUAGACUUAAAGAGACUAGAUGUGAAAGAGAAUACUUUGCUCCCUUAUCCAUCAACGUUAAUGAUGCAACUGAUGACAGAACAGAGAUAGAAAUAGUGGAGUCGCAGGAUCCAGCAGAAAGGUAUUAUGCUGCAUUUCCAGCUCUUCCUGGGGAAGGUUCACCACAGAAUGUGUCACCUUCCUUGACAGAAGACAAUGUCUGGCGGCGAAAUCCUUUUACUGGAACCCUUGCUGGUGAUACUUACGAGAGUAAAGAUAAAAAUGAUGAUGGUGAUGAUAAGAAAUCUCCACCAGCAUUUGAAAAAUAUUCGCAUAAUGUCAAUAAAAAAGUAUCCACCAAUACAAAGCUGCGGGAUGAAAAAGAAAAUCAUCAUCCACAGCCAAAAUUUAAAAAUCAGAGAAAAGCAUCACCUGGUGGAAAUAAGGUGAAGCAAAAUGCAAAGAAAGGAAAUUUUGAAGGAAAGAAUCGAAAAGGUGCUCACUUGUUAAACUGGCAAUUUACUGGUCAAGAUAGCAUUGCAAAGGAAUCAUUUUUGUCUGCUGAACACAAAAGUGAUUCACUAGAUCCAAAGGAAGAACAGUACUGCAACAUGGUAGAGAAUAUGCUAAAAGAAUUACUGCUUGGAGAAAAGGAAAAAUGUCAUUUUUCAAGAAUGGAAAAAUACUUUCCAAGUCCAAACUACAAGUACAGCUCGAUACCUCAGUGGUAUGAAGAAAAUAUUUAUAACAGAGAAUUUUUGGAAAAUGAUGACUGGUAUACCAAGCCACUUGAAAAUAUAUUUGCAACACCUGUAUCGAAGGCUCAGCGUUUAUACAAACGGCAUAGUUACCCUCCAGCUGUAUUUAGUUGUGAUGAGAGAUUGAAUUGGGAAGACCUGUUUCCAGAUCCAGUCUUGUACCUUGAAAAGCCUGAAGAAUCGUAUCAGUGUAACAGUCCUGAUGCUAAUUCCGAAGAUGUAGAGAGCAGUAAAGAUGUCACGAAGUCAGAUGCUGAGAUUGGAUGUACAAUACAAGAUAAUAAGGUAGUUCAUUGUGAAGACCAUCUUGAAGAAGCUUCUCGUGCUGGAUUGGAUGAAGUUCAUCAGCCUGAAGUGGAUGGAUUCUUCACAGGGCAAAAUACUGAUGUUACAAGCACAGUCCAGAGUUUUCCACUAGUUUGUGUUCACUCUGAUAGUGAACCAAACACCAGUGGAAAUCUAGUGGAUGUGGCUGUUGCAGAAAGUGAUGGAAUCGUCUUUAGCAACUUGUCAGCACCGCUGUCAAUAGGAAAGGAAGAAGAUGAAACGGAUGUCAUUGAUGAUUUACUGAAAUCGGUGGAAAAACACUGGGACACUUACACUAUUUCUAAUGAUGCUAGCAGUACUGUUUCCAGUUCUGACAAAGGCUGUUUAAGCGACACUACGGAAGUGUCCCCGUGCAUUACAGAUGUCAGUCAACAGGCCAGUCCGUUUCCAGAUAUGCUACUGCUGCUGAAUUACGGCGAAGACAGCAGGUCUGAGCCAGGGGUUCGCUUGGUUAACUCUGAUGAUGAUGAUAAUAACUUUGCCACUCUGGUCGACUUGCAGAAUGUAUUUGGACCAAAUAGUACAGAGUUCGAAAGCAACAUUCUUGAAGAUGUUCAGUGGGAUAAUACUUCAUCGAGGCAAGACUUGGGGAAAGAAUGGCUUCCUUACAAUAUGCGUAGUUGCAGUUUGUCUCAAGUCUUUGAAGAUGAAGCUGGUGGGGGAGAAGAUUAUUUUAGGAUACAGAGAACACUUGAAUGCUGUUUUCUUGAAAGGAAUGAUCAGUCAGAUAAUAUUUCAGCAGAAAAAUUACCAGGAAAGGAAUUCUUUCCUUUCACAGUGCACACUUGCAGUUCUAGUGAUGAUACAGAUGCAAGUGGAGAAUCCUUUGUUGAUGUUAAAUGUAUGUUGGCUAGCUGCCAGGAAAUGGAUUGCCCACAUUUGAAGGAUGCCUUCUCUGUAUUGUUUAAUUUAGAAAGCGAUGAUGAUGAUAAUGAUGAUACUUUUGUUGAGAACAAGGAUCAGGUGCUAGAACAACUGCCAGCUAUUGGUAGCGGAAGGGAAGGUGAGAUUGACGAAAGUGCCUGUUUUCCAACAGAUCUCUUGAGUUCUUUUGGUCCUGUUGGUGAUUACUCAGGAAAUUCAGAUUGUUUGCUGUUUGGUUUACCUCAACUCGUUGAUACCAGUUAUUUGUUAGAUUUGUUUGGACUGAGUGAAACGGGUCCCAGAGUUUCCCGAUCUCCAGCGUUUUUGUUUCAUCUCACCCCUGUAAACGAAGGCGGUUCCUCGUGCUGGCACAACCGAGUUUUCCUAGAUGAAUUUGAAUGCUCCUUGAGCUUUGAGGAGUUCUGCCAAUCGUCACCUAGGAUGUUUUGGGAUGAUUUAUUGAAGAAUGAAAUGUCAAAUGUGGAGGGCAGAUCGCAGGGACAACAAACUGUGAAACCAUUGUACCAUCUGUGGGAUGUGAACAGCAACAAAAAGGUCCCUCCAAUGUCAGAUACGAGUGAUGUGUGGAACAGCAUCCUCAGUCUGUGUGUUCUCACACCAGAGUACACAGUUGGUGAUGACAUUUUCUCUUCUCAGAGCCACGAAACUGGGGAUUCUGCAGCUUUUGCAAUAGAAGAUUCUGUCUUGGAUCUCCAGUUUCUAGAGGAAUUUGGUGAAAACAAACAUUAUUUAUAUGACAGGAGUUUUUUUGAAGGAAGUCUCCCAAAAUUUUGGCACAAUUCUUGGACAUGUGAAUCAUUUGACUCUGCUUUCGGUAAAAAUUAUGGUUUUGUACCCUCCAAGAACUCUGCUUUUAUGGGUGUUGUACCAAGAGCAUUUCAUCAUGUUCAAAGUGCACCAAACCUGACUUACAGUAGGCUACUCAGUCCACUUAUGGGAACUGAUAAUUUUGAAAAAACGCGUCAACCUCCAUACUCACCAACUGAGCACUUGUACUUUUCAUCAGAAACACAUUUCCGACCCAUUCAAACACCAGUAGGUACUCCAGAUGCAGAAUAUCAACCAAAUGACUUGUUUGGUGGUGCUUCUGCUAGCACAGGUACUCCAUACCAGCAAUACCGAGAUGUUACCGAUGAGCAAGAGAUGAAAUUCAGACCCAAGUUCAAAAUCCUGAAAUACCUUGACAAAUACAUUCAAACUGGAAGCAGUUUAGAUGAAAACAGUGUCCCUGGAUCUGACAUGGUGGUGGUUCUUUGUGCUGCUGAAGCACAGGAAUGUUCAGAAAAUACUUUAGAUUUACCAGCUGUAACACAAGAACAGACCGCCGUGGUCAUAGCUAAAGAGAAAACUGAAGAAGGAUCUGUUACUGAUUUCCUUCAGGAAACUGAAAAUCCCAGUCUUGAGAAAUACAAAGAAGAUAAUGAGUCAGUCUUGUCUGUCCCACCUGGAUUUGAAAAAUUGGCAGCCUCUCAGAGUUUUAUAAUAAAUGACGGUGAAGGGGAUAAAGUGCAACCUGAUGGCAAUAAUAUGAUUGGAACUGAUGGAAUUAUCUUUCAUGAUGCAGUUGUUGGUCCAUUGUCAAACUGGAAAGAAGAUCUUACAGAUUCCUCUGAUACAUGCAGUCCUGAGAACCCAGGUGAAUCAGAGUGUGAAGCAUCACAGGUGAUCUUCGGUGAUAAAUCUGAGCAUAGUGAUGUAUUUACACAGGAUGAGGAAAAUGCAGGGAAACAAGAUCUGUGCUUAUGGGACCUUCCACAACCAAGUGAGGGCGAUAGCAUCUGGAUGCCAUUGCAGUCCACUGUGGAGAAAUCCGAGUCGGUCGAUGUUAAAAUGAGGUCUGAUGUUGGCAAUAUAUGGAAAAGUUCAUAUGAGAUGGAAGAUGAAGCAGGCAGUAUUUGGAAAGUUCCAUCUGAAACAAAGGAUGAAUCAGAUGGCAUUUGGAAUAUGCCAACAUCUGAGAUAGAAAACGAAGCACAAAAUAUUUGGGAUCUCCCUCCACGUGAGGUGGAGAAUGACGCACAAAGUAUUUGGAAAAUUUCCACGUCUGAGACAGACAAUGAAACCACUGUUCAGUGUAUGCCAUUUUUGAAAUGGGCAUUUUCUGUUGAGUCUGAUUAUGAAGUCAACAUUGAAUCCAUUUGGCAACCACCCGGUUCCUGUAAUAGUACGGAUCAUCUUGACUGGGACAACAAAUUGGGCCAAGACAACAUCAUAGCGGUCAGUCACAAUUCUGUGUGGGCAGUGAGAGAGAUGAAAGAUCAAAUUUCUUCUGUUGAAAACACAGCCUUGAAAGAUAUAUGGGCUUCAGAAUCGAGGACAGAGUCCAUUAAACAUCCUUCUGAUAAAGAAGAGUAUGAUCUGCUGACUGCAAAUUACAGUGGUGAACCGUCUUGGAGUGCUGGGUACGAGAAAGCAUAUUCACAUAAUGAGAAAAAUAACUUUUUCUUAGCUCCAGAAAAAGAAGAAAGUCCCAUUGGACAUUGUUUCCAAAGUGAUGAACAAAGCAAUAUGUAUUAUACAGAGGGAGAGCCUGCCAGUCCCUCCAAAACUGUGUGUAAAAUGAGAGAGUUCUGUGAUGACGGAGAAGGUGACAGUGUUAAAACACAUCACUCCAAUGACCUGUACAAUUACUACCUACAGAACUACCCUGAAAUGGAAUCCUUUGUUCUUAGUUCAGAUCUGGAGGAGUGUACAGAGAAACAGGAUUAUGAUUUUGGUAGUCUAGUGCCUAUACCUCAACAAGCUGUUUUCUCCUCUGACUUGGAAAAACAGUGGUUGGACAAAAAAUCGCAUGCUGUGAUAGAUAAUAGAAGACGAUCUCAGAAAAAUAGAAUUUUCAAAGGUGGAAGUAGAAAACCAUGCAGUUUCUUCUUGGAUGGAAACUGCCGCAGGUCAGACUGUAAGUUUUCUCAUGAUAUCUCCAACAUCACAUGUCGCUUCUGGGAGGCUGGCCAGUGUUUUAAGGGCUCUCUUUGUCCUUUUCUCCAUGGUUACCCAAGUGAUGUUUCUUCAUCCUCGCCAGAUGUACAAGUACAGCUAUCGAAAGAGCAAUUCCCUGAACUUGAACGGAGUGCAAAAUGUUUGGUAAAACCACCACAAAGUCAAAAAAUGGCACGGAAGCGACAAGUUCAGAAGGAAUUUCUGAAAAAAGAUCUAACCAUUCGAAAAGAGGGAUCUGCAUCAAAACAUGAAUUGACUGUUGUUGGCUCUGUACACUGAAGCAAGUACGCGAUCUGGAGAUGGUGUUUACAAUCAGUGAGGAUGAUUGAAUAUAAAUACACUUCUGAGAUUAGGUUUUAUCCAAUGGGUAGUUCCGAAAUCAAUUUCUAGUGUGGUUGUCUUAACAACUUGUGUACAUCAAGCUUAUUUAUUUUUUCAUUACCCAUUGUGUGUUGUGAAAUUUCUUCUUCAUUUUUCUUUUUCUUUGUUUGGUUAAUUUUAAACUGUAUGCUAUACCAGGUGUGUGUGUAGGAAUUUAAGCAGAGGGGUAUAAACAGUGGCAAGUGAUGUUUGGAGAGGUGAUAUGAAGUCAUGCUCCCACGGAAAAUACACUUAAGAAAAGAAAUUUUGUUUGAGCACAGGACAGGGGUUUGAUCCCCGAAACCCCCCUGCACAUGCACCUGUAGAGUUCUUUUUUUAUUGAUGACUGCAAGUGGGUUUGUAGCUUUCAUUAGCUGUGGAAUGUCUGUAAGAAUAGUAUCUUAAUUGUUAUGGGUCGACCUGCAAUGUAUAUUUGUAUUAAUGCUUACAUGUAGUAGCUUUCACAUUUUUAACAAAGGUUAUGUACAAUGUUGCCUUUCUUAGUAUAUAAAUAGAAAUGUUAAAUGUUUAGGUUGUGAAUUUACUACAGUUAUCCUCGAGCUGUAUGCAGAUCUAUAUUAAAGUUGUGGCUGUCUCUCAUGUCCCAUUACACUAACUCCUAUAAGUGUGCACAGAAAUCCAUGCUGAUCAAUUAUUGUGAGAUCCUAAGGUCUGGUUAGAGUGCAUCUUAGGGCUAUUAAAAACAUUAAUGAUCAUAUCAAAAGAAUGUAAGACAACAGUUAUGCUUUAAGUUUGGUGAGUAAACAUUAAUGUUUAUUUCUUUUGAAAGUUUUUUUUUUUAUGGGGGGGGUUUUGUGAUUUUUUAGGUUUUGUUUUUUUUGGUUCAUAGUAAUUGAAUUGUCCUCGUAAAAGGAUUAUUUUGGAGUGUAGUCACAUGAGAUAAACAACUAAUAGAUCUGGGCUUCUUGUUGUUUCACUCACGGUAUGGUUAUGGUUGAUGGCAUGUUGUUUAAUUUUUAUUGUGUGUUGUAGCAGGAUUCUGCUCUCAGUGGUCGGCGUUAAGGCGACGCCACAUGUUACAAGAAUAGCUGAUGACAAGACAAACAUUACAAUGUCAUUGGUUGCUAUGCAAUUGGUUAUUCUCGUGACUGUUCUUGUAUGAGGCACUUGUAUUGUGAGUCGCCACCUUUAACCAGCACUGAUGCUACCGAUAGCGCUGCUGACCACUGCUUACAAUAUUGUGUCAGUGUUUUUAAGGCAGGAAUUUUACACUUAGUAUGCUGUUUCCACCAAGUUUUAAGCAGAAUCGUGUUAUGAAUAUUUCUGAAAUCACACUAAUGAAAAUUGUUUAGCACUUGAGGUACAUAGUUUUCAUAUGUUUAGAUUGGCACUGUAAAAAAAAUUCCAGUUUGUCUUUUUGCUUUCCCUAUACCCAAUUUCAAACAUUUAUGAUUGUAGUGGUUUGAUCUUCUUCUAUGUCUUAUUACAUUUUUGUUUAGGUAUGGGUGAGAUAACUUGGAGUUGCAUUGGCCUCCUCACAUGACAAAAUGGUUAACUAAAAUAAUAAUGUAUACAGUGUAUUGAUAGACUGACAAAAUGUGAUUAUUUUCAAUUAUUUCAGAUGAUAAGCAGUGUCAGUGUUGGGAGCCUUAAAACUGGAAAUUACGGUUCUUUCUAGUACGUUUUACUACAUUUUAUGUACUAAAAGGUAGUUAGUGUCAACUUUUUAAUCUUCCCAAAUGCCACUGUUGAAAAAAUAGUUCAUUAUGCAGUGGUGUUAUUAUGCAACUGAACAUGUAAAAAAUACACAUAUACACAAUGCAUGUGCCAAAUUCAGUUCUCUGAUGUGCAUCAAAUGUUUAUAUAAGGUAUCGGAUUCAGUAGAGAUGUUUGAAUAGUAACUACACAAACCACAACAGUUAAUGUGAUAACAAAGCAACUAACAGUACAUUUAAUUAUAAAGUCAUGUCCUACAUUUUCUUGACAAAUUGACAACUUCUGUUUACACAAUGCCCAAUCGUAGACCUAGGAAAAACAAGUUCUACGACACAAACAUAGUCUUAUCACGGAGGUACAUCCAAGUCCUUUCCUGACAGAUGUGAGCAUUCUUAACUAACUAUCUUGUGUAUCUACUCCCUCCCCUCCAAAAAAACCCCACAAAACAAAAACAAAACAACUCCACACACAAUAAAUCCAGUAAAAACAAAGAAUGAAAAAUAAAAAGGUCCGUACUGUCAGAUUGUGUUUUGAAUUUUACUUACUAAGUGGGUAGAGUGCUCACCUGAGGUGCUUUGGUCGCAGAAUUUAACCUCUCAGUGGACCGACCCAUUCUCUGAUAGGGUUUUUUGCUGUUGCAACCAAGUCCUUCUGGGAAAGUGCACAUAAAAGAUCCCUGGCUGCUAAUGAAAAAACGUUGUGGGUUUCCAAUGUUAUGAUUACCAAUUUUUACAUCCAGUAGCUGAUGAUAAAUAAAUCAGUAUACUUUAGACUUUUAACUCUUUAUCUUUAAUUACAAUCUCUCACUUUACAUUUACAGUAAAUAAAUAGGUAAAUGUACAUCGGAGAGAAUAGAGCCAAGUAUAUUUAAAUAAGAACAAAUAGAGCUAAUGAGCCUAAUCUUAAUUAAUAUGUUAUAUACCAUAUUACCUUUGAUAAUGAAAUAUAGUUGGUAUAAUAAUAACAGUAUUAUAAUCUAUUUUAAUAAAUAAUUUCUUCAAUUCAAAUUAAUACCAAGUUCGUACAUUUUUGUUAAUUUAUUAUUGAUUAAUACAUUUACUCAACAUAAAGUUUAUGGAAUUAUAUUUAUAAAAUUGGACAUUAUAUACAAGUGUAUAGAAGCCUUGUAUCUAUUGUUUUUAAGGAAUUCAUAUCUUAUUUAGUGACCUGUAUAUACCAAACUGUUCUAAAUAUGGUUCCAUGAAAUCUAUCUUUUGGGAUUUCAAACCAAGAAAUACAUCUAAUUUAAAAAAUACCAUUAACUAUUAAUUAUGAUUAUUACUAUUACUAUUAUUAAAUAUUAAUUUGGAAAUAUUACAUUUACUAAUCAAAAUAUUUCUUAUUGGAGUCAUAAGAGUAAGUUGAAGGCGACUAAUGACUUAAAAGUUUAUUUUAAUACAAAUGAAGGAAAACCAGUGACUGUUAAAAUGUAAUCUGACACGGAAACAGUACCGUAAUCUGUGUAGGCUUCAUCAGUCAUUAGAUCUUCAUCUUAAAUCACUAUAAAAAGACUUCAUGACACAUGGCAAGAGGUCAUUAUUAACAUUACUUUAUAAAAAAAAACCCCACAAAACGCCAUUCAGGGUAAUUACAAAAUUUGAGUAGUGUAAACCUUUUCAAAACACCCAUUUUAUUGUUACCGUAGUGUACUUGUAUGUGUAUAUUAUAAUGUUGCAUGUAUUUUGAAUGUUGGUAUAUCUGUUGUAUGUGUGUUGUAGCAGUUCACCUAUGAGGUGUGUAUGUAACAUGGAUAUGUGUGUGGUGAUGUUACACAUUUUAUAUGAGAGGCUGUGAGGUAAUACUGGGGAGUCCAUUUCACUUCACUUGACUUUGAUAGAUGUGUUGGGUCGUGUAUUUGCCGUGGCAUAUACCUUCACCAUUAUAGAACUAAUGAUCUAUAUGAAGUGAUAAUACUUAGAUUCAUAGUGCCUAUAACACCUUGAGCUAAUAUUCCUUUUUGGAGAAAUCCCCACUGCUUAAAAUAAUGGUACUUCAUAUUAUAUAUAAUAUAUUUUUAAAAGGAGAUUACAAACGGCUUUCUUGGAAAGCUAUUAAGUGGUCAGUGUGUACACUGAAUUUUGUUCCAGCGCAUUUUAAUUUAUUAAACAAAAAAAACAGUGAAAUAUUUCAGGACCAUGCAUUUAACAUUUCAGAAAUGUUGUGAAGCCUUUGUCCACUGAUGGUGCUUCAAUCCAUCUUUAGCAAGAGAACUGUAUAGUAACCAUUGUUUGGUAUUAAACAGCUAUAUGUCAGUUCACUAGAUCAUCUGGGUGAAAUGCUGCCAUGGUUCUUUUAAAAAAAUAAAAAAAAUAAAGUAAUGUGUGGACCUCCUGUGUAAGUAUUGUGUUCAGCUGUUGUUCUUAGUGUAUAUGGAAUUAUUUUUAACGUAAAAUUAAAUAUUGUUGUGAAACUAAAAUUAAAAACUAGGUCAAGAAGGUCAACAAUAAAACAGACUCAUCGUUUAUUCUUUAAUUAUUAAAAUAAAAAUUGGCUUUGUGAAAAAAUCUUUCACCUUAAAAACUAUUACUUUCUUGCAACUAUCUGGAUUAUUUAGUUACUCGAGACACAUUUUUGUAACAGAUUUGAUGUGUGUAAAAUUGCUACAUAAACUGAGUAUCCAGAUUGGUUCAAAAAUAGUGCACUAAAAUAGUUUAUGCUAUACAUUUUAAAAAUAUUUAGGAUUUAUUUUUGUGAAAGUUUGUAUGGUAGUCUUAUGGAGUUUGUGAUUAUUUAAAUAAAUACAAUAACGGUUUUCCAAUCAUUAUAAACAGCUCUUGCACACACUAUAAGAAAGAAAGAAAAAUGGAACCACCAGAUAUUUGUAUAUAUGGGUUGUAUAUUUGAGGUAACAAGAAUAAAUGAAGCUAAAGUUAUCAGUAUUAUUAUGCACACAAGUGUAUAGAGGAAUUGAGAAUGUUAAAUAUGUUAAAACACAUUCUCAGUUAGAUGACGGCAGAAGCAUCGAAGUGUGUUGUUGCUGGAUUGGACAAACACCAUUACGAUAUACAGUAUUCACUGUAUUGUUUGUAUCUGUAGUCAUCGGGUGAUGAUGCCCUUAUUGUAAGAAAACUGUUAACAGUGUAUGGAUGUCUGAUGCUAAUAUAUAUUGUGGGCUUGUAUUUUAGAGGUUUACGUUUUUAAUCAGCUCUUAAGUUAAUGCAAACCCUCUGAUAAAGACUGUUAUAAUUGAGUUUUUAACAGUGAUAUUAUGGACUACACUUAGAUGUAACUUGUACACAGUGCUAAUUAUAAGUACACUCAGAUGAUAGUAUAGAACAUUAUUUACUGUUUGCAAAGAGAAAUAAGCUCUGGUUUCCUGGGUAGUUUGUAACUAAGACCAGGUAAUUGGUAGUUUACUCUAAGAAAUACUGAGGUAAACAACAAUUGACUGCUUAUAGUAUGAUUGAUUAGACACAGAUUUUAAAGCUUUAAGAAUUACAACAGGUUUCUAAGAUUUAAGAAUUAUUUGCUGUAACAUUCCUAAUAUAUGCAUAUAGUUUAAUAAAAAAUAAUUAAAAUACCUUAUUUUAGUCUCAGCUUGUGUCAAAUAAAUAUAAUCACUAUACUAAAACUUUAAAAAUUAAACCAAUAUGAAAAAACAACAACAUAAAUGACAGCUAGUCUUAUAAAAUUAUAAGAGAUGUUAUAAUAACAGAAAUAAUACUCAUUAGAAAUUAAGAAAUAAAUGAGGGAGAACAUUAUUUAAAGCAAUAUUUGUUCACUCAAGUUAACAAAUAACUAUGGAUAUAUAUUUGAAACUUUAUUGAAGCAGCAUAAAGUUGUGGAAUGGUUUAAGACUUUAUUAUCUAAUUGUGAAAUGUCAGAAUCACACAUAGUCAACAUAUGACUGAUUUCUUGUAAAAUGUUUUGAUUUACAGUCAGAAUUGAGAUUGCAACUUGAAUGUAUACUAGUGGAAAAAAGUAACUGUGUAUGGUUAUCAUGUUGAUAAAAACAUAAUUUCAAGACAUAAAACGAUAAAAUGAUCAUAUAGCAUUAUUUAUUAGGCAAUUAAGCAAAACGUCAAUUCAUUUAAAAUGUCACAGCAUCCGUCAUUUCAUCGGUAUUGGGGAUGAAAGACAUGGGGGGUAAAAAAACAGUUCACAAAGUUAAUAGCGCGUAUGGCCACCGUUUGCGUCGAUGCAGGCCAGGCACCGUCGCCUCACAGAGCCUACCAAAUUGUUGAAGAAUGCCUGGGGAAUGCCGUUCCAGAUCUGUACUAACGUCUGACCAAGCGCUCUCAACGUCAGCGGCUGGUUAGGCAGUGCACGUACACGACGUUGCAUCUCAUCCCAGACGUGCUCGAUUGGUGCAAGAUCGGAUGAGACCGCAGGCCACUGCAACACAUCGAUGUUCUGCUGUGCUAGAAAAUCCAUUACCACCCGGGCGACGUGAGGUCUAGCAUUGUCAUGCUGAAGCGUGAUGUGACGUUGCUGUCCUUGCACAAAUGGGAUGACGUGAGCCUGAAUAAUGUCAUCACGGUAGCGUACAGCGUUCAAAUUGCCAUCGAUGACCACAAGAGGUGUUCAUCCAGUUGACGUGAUGCCACCCCAAACCAUGACACUGCCUCUGCCAAAUGCACAUCGCUCCACAACACAGGCGUCACUAAAACGUUCUCCAACACGACGAUACACUCUUGAACGGCCGUCACUGCUGUCCAAGUGAAACCUGGACUCGUCCGUAAACAGUAUGCCCGCCCAGUCACGGCGAUUAAAGUGCAAGUGUCUUCUACACCAAGCCAAACGUGCUACACGAUGACGUCUUAGCAAAACUGAACGGACAGCCGGGCGUUGCGGACGGAUACCAUGUUCACGUAAUCGAUUCCGUACAGUUCUGGGAUUAAUGGCACGCAAUCCAGGAAUGGUCCGCGCUGUCAGACUUGCCGUUUGGAAUCGAUUCCUGAGGUGCACGAGUCUGAUGUGGUUGUCCUGCUGUCGUGACGUCACACGUGGACGGCCUGCACGUUGUUGGUCUCUGACAUUACCACAAAGCCUCAAUACUGUUUAUGUGUACACCAAAUUGCGUAGCGACAGCGCUAUGGCGCAUACCAGCCUGGAUCAUGCCAAUUGCGCGAAGGCGGUCAUUUUCGUUUAGCCUGGGCAUUGCUCUGCUACAAUUUUCAACAGAAAUAACCUGCUUUUCUGUACCCCCGGUUGGCAUGCAAUGACCCGACAGUUGAAAAGUCGACAAAAACUUGAAAAGUAACAUGUUGGGAGAAAAAAAUGGGAAAAACAUGUUCAUGUCCCAGAAGCAAAACUGCACAUGCAAAUACGGCAUUGACCCAGCUAUUGUGUGGCGGUGCGUUCACUGGUAACAUGUACAAAACAUCAGGCUAAAAUAUUGAGCGGUUUUAUUUUCAUCCGAUUUUUUAGGUUACACAGUUACUUUUUUCCACUAGUAUAUUUAUAUAUUCACUGUUAUUGCCUGCAUAUGAAGAAAAAAGAAAAAGGAAAGAUGUAUAUACCUUGGUAUAUAUAAAUUCAAAAUGUUUUGUCAUAUGAAUACAACUUUAUUUGUUUUAUGCAGGACAAACUAGCAAAGUCCAUAUCCUAGGUCUUUAUCUGUUGACAGAGACAUUGAAAUUCUAAAUAGUUGAGGAAAGUGACCUUGCAUUUUAUGUCCAUGAAUAUUUAAUUUAAACUCCAUAGACGUGACUAGUUCCCUAACAGUUGAUUUCCUGUCAGUUUAUUGAUGAGCACAUUCCAGUAUACAUGAUGUAUGCCUUAUUCAUUCCUGAACAGUUUUCUCAGACCGCUGUAAUUCUUUUCCUUUAUAACAAGUGAGAAAUAUUACCGUGUACAUUAGAGAACCAUAUUUUAUUUAAAACUUUGCUAAUACCAAGGCAUUCACAAAUUCUAGCAUUACUGUAAUUAUCAUUUAUGAUAUAAAACAAAGAUUUUAAAAAAAUAAAAAUUGUAAUGGUAAUACAGUCAUAUUAAAUGACUGAACUGGUUGGAUAUUUGUUGUGCUACAGUGUGUCACUAAAUUUUUAUCCCUAAUUUUUUAAAUACAUUUUUGUAUGACUGAAUGACAGGUCAUACUAUGGAAUUGUAUUGUCCACCUGUCCAUACAUCAGUUCAUCUGUUGACUUUUCUUCUCCAGACCAUAUCUUGUAUACCGAUUUAAUAUUUUUAAAUUUCUUUACAUCUCAAACCGAGAGCUACUUUAAAAAAAAAAAAAAAAAAAAAAAUAAUUAUUAUUGUUAAAACUAGUAGGGAUUGUAUAAAACUAGUAUCCAGACAUCAAAUUUUAAGUAAGUACAUUUGCCAUUUGGCUUGUGAGUUGCAGUUUACAGUAAAUAAAUCUGGAAUGUGAGUUCAGUUAUAAAGAAUUAAAUCUGGAACAUUAUACAUGUGUGAGUGUAUGUUAGUUUCUGUCGAGGACAUAAUCUUAUGUUCUUUGCUUACAAAAUGAGAAUAAAAUGUUUACAAAAAAAUAAAAAAAAUCUCUCGCUCCUUUUUGGUUGUAUAUUCCAAUCUUUUAGUUUUAUUAUCCAUUUCCUGUUACAGUUAUUAUAGUGUUAAGUUUAGUUUUUAUUUGUUUUCUGUUUUCCCUGAAGCUGAUUUUUAGUCAAACUAUUGUCAGAUGUGAUAUGAAUGUUAUGUUAAAUGUUCUGUGAAUGUUACAUGUUUGGUGUUAUGUAAGUGUUUUUUAUUGAGUUAUAUUUGUAUACAUAUUGUGUUGUAAUAUAAAAUGUUCUGUGUUGUUACUGCUGCACAAUAUAAUGUUAAUUUUUAUUUAAUAUUUUUUUUUCUGUGUUUAACAUUUUGUAAUAUGGCACUUCAAAAUAAAUUUAAAAAAUGAAAUAUUUGUUUUUACCCAACCCCACAGCUAUUAUGUAUUUAAAUUAAUUAAUUUUUAGUUAUUAUUUUCUGUCAGUUUAUUUUUAUCUAUUAACAAAUUUGCUCUUAAUGAUUUAUAGUAAUUACAUAGGAAACCAAUUCCUCAUUAUUCAGUUAUUGACAUCACUAAGAACGUUUUAACUAAACGUGUGCUAGUCACAUUGCAGUUGGCUUAUGCUGAUCAUGUGACUGAGUCAGUAAUGUCAGUUACAUGAUAAUAAAAAUAGAGUAUAAAAUUGCACACGAUAAGUCAUUCCAGCCAGAUAAAAUAUCAGUUUUAUUAAGAAAACAAAACAACAUGAAAGUACAUGUAAAAUAGGUAAACCGAUAUUAAUUUUCUAGAAGUAAAUUUUAAGCAAGUUAAAUGUUAAGAAAGUAUUGAUUAUGAGCUACUUUGACCUGGAAUUAUUUUAUUCCAGUAUAAUGCUGUGGAAUUCUAGAUUACAGUAUUUCCCAGUACUUAAUAAUAAUAAAAAUCAGAGUUAUAAUAUCAGUGUUUCUUAGAAAAAGAAAUUUUUGGGUAUGGUACUAUGGAAUUGAAUGCAACCACAAUCAACAGAAAGAAAAUGGGUUACGUUUAGGUUUAGGGUUAAAAAAAAAAGCAUACAGUAAUGAUAAGAAUAACUAAUUUUGUCAAAAGGUUAACUUAAAAAAAUUAAAUAUGCCAAAAAUUUUACCCUUUAGCAGAAACUCUGAAUAUUAUUUGUAUAUCCAGUUUAAUUAAUGUGUUAUUUUAAAUUUUAUAUACCCGGACAUAUUACCAAUAGUACUGAUAAGCAUUUGUGUGUAUUCUGUUAAGUUAUGAACAAGUCUAUCAGUUAAAUUUAUGUCCCAAUCUAACCACAAAUUCUGAUGUUCCGUUCAACAUUUAUCCUAUCUUUACUGUUGAAAGUAACCAACUUACAUUAGGUGUUUGUGUAUACAGAAGGUUUAGGGGUCAAACCAAUAUACUUUCUACUGUAUAUACACCCUCCUUAGAGUUGAUAUAAACAUGUUUAAUAUGCUAAGGGAGACAAACUAGUUGGGUUAAAAAUUACAAAAUCCUAGUCACUUCAAAAUAAUACAUUACAAGAUGUCGACUGUUUUAUUAUUAAUAUACAAGAUAUUUGUAGUUGUACAUGUAGUGUGUAUAUACAUGUAUAGGCCUAUUCAGGCCUAUCUAUACAAAAAUGAUGCACUGCGAAAUAUGCAUUUAAAAAUGUUUUAUUCACCAGCAUUUGUCAUGAUGAAUUUUACUGGUAGAUUGCAGGAAAUAGUUAAUUAUGACCCUGAACCCUGCUAGAUUCUUUUGGGCACUUCAUACGUCGACCUAAAAGUCGGCCCAUCUCAAUAUUCACUUGCUGCUUCUGUGUCUGAAGAAGGUCAAUAUUUGACAAGACAACCCUUGUGUGGCUUUGUGCUUGUGGCACUUGUGGUGUCUGGCUUCACCCAUCACAGUCUAGAUACCUCUGCAUCAUUUUCUGUACAUGCAUCCAGAUGAUUCCUGUGAACACUUUGUAUUUUCACUGUUUGUACCAUGUGUAGUGUGAAAGUAAUAAAGUAAGUAUAUUUACCAUGACAAAAUGAUUGAACUAUGAACAUAUUUAGAAGUUUGGUACUAAUCAUUGCUAACAUUCUGUAGCCAACUCGUACAGUAACUUAUAAAUAGAACGACCGAUAGCACCGCGCUUCACAAUUCAGAGAAAUACCUUUCUAGAAUUAUAAUCCUAAACAACUUGUUUUCUGCCAUGAUUCCGUUGACGACCUUUAUUGCUUGUAGUUCUGUCAUUAUGCAAGUUUAAGCCAAUAUUUGAUGUGUAUUUUCUUGUAUGGAGGUGUAUUUAUGGUCUGAUGUUUUUAGUUGAGUGAAAGGAUGAUGUGUUUGCAUUGAUUUUGAUGUCAUCUGAUGACUUUGUACAGAGAUGUGGCUUUGGAUAUGCUAGCAAUUUCUAUUGAUUAACCACCACAUCUGUAUGUGUAAACCCCACAUUUCCACAUUCAUGCUUUAAUAGUCUUGUAUUUAUUAACUAUUUUUUCUUUAACUUAAUGUUAGUUCUUUGUAAUGCCUUUUCAACAGUACAAUAUUUAAAUUUUCUACUGGAGUAUCAUUAAAGAUUCAUUUAUAUUUUUAAUAAACAUAUUAAUGCACAACUGAUGAUCUUUGGGCUUUGGAGAAAACGUGAUACUUAAAGGUUAACUAUGUAAUAAAGUAAAGUUAAAAGCAGACCCCUUAAAAAUAGUUUUGUCAAGUUGUACGAGAUGGCAGUACACAUGUUUUCAAUUCCAAUACAGGCUAUUUUAAUUUUAUAAAAAUUAUUGAAAAUCCUUUAUUAAAAUUGCUUUAGGGCUAAAAGGAAAAUAAUUACCAUGAGUUAACUCCCAUGGAUAGUGAUUUAAUGUGUGCAGUUUUCCCUGUCUGCAGCAGUGUAGUUUAUGUACUAAAAAUAACCCAGGAUGAUGCCACAUAAUAUUGAUGUCAUCCUUGUUUUUGAAUAAAGUUUGGAACAUUUAGUGUCGGUAUUUUGUAAGAUGUUGUACAGCACUAAUGUAAAAGCAAAAGCAGGAAUUACACUUUUAUCUUAUUAUGGAAAUACAAAGUAUACAGGAAAAUACUGAACACCGUUUGUGCGAUUGUUUUGUCGGUGGUUGCCUGAACUCACAGCAAUGGUUACAUUCUAUUGAUUAAACCAAAACGAUAGCAAACAAUGCCGGUAGUUUGUUACUGCAAUUUUCUACUGAACGUAAGUUGACUGUAAGCUGCAUAUCAUCAAACUUGAUCAAAACUAUUAUUUCAGCUAAUCCUAUAACUUAUGUUUAUUCUUUUUCAGUUUCUGAUAUGACGACCUCGCUAAAAUUUUAUGUUGCUAAUAUGUUACUUACUUGGAAUUUGCUAAAUUUUAAGAUCGCUAAUGUUUUAUGAUUUACAGUAAAUUUUAACUUUAAUAAUUUGAUUAUAAAGUUAACCUUUAAAAAGAUAAACAAUUUUUAAUGUCAUUAUUAUGUGUGAACAAGUUACUAACCAACCACAUUUUAUUGAUCUUACCAGUAUUUGUAGAAUUGGGUUUUAUGUCAUGUAGUCAUAUGUAUAUUAAAUUCCCAAGGUCUUUAAUACUUGGCCUGUCAUUAAUAUGAGGUUCCAUUGUCCAUUUUGGAGUGUUCUGUUGUAAAGCCACUUAGCUGUCGCUUUGUAACUAGGUAGGAUGAACUUGUGUGCAUUGAUUUGUUGUGGUGUUCCAGCUUUGUAUUUAUAAUUAUUCACUGGACUCUUGUCUUGUACAAAUAUAUGACUAAGUAUGUUCAUGAUUUUGACUGAAGGACAUUUUUUUUUAUUGGAGAUUUGAUGUUUGAUCUGUUCUGUGCUUUAGUCAUACAUUUCUAAAAUUUAAAAAACAAAUAUGUUAAUACAAACCUCUCCUUAAGGUCUGUUAGAAGAACCACCUUAUAUUUGCCUCUGUAUCAUCUAAUAUACACCGAAGUCCAUUGAAAACACACCAGUCAAGUUUGUAGGACAUGUAAAAAGGAUAUGACAAGAAAAACAAAUUAUACAUUUAACUGAAUAUAUUCUGUUAGGCAAUAAAUAACCCUAAAAUUCUAUCAAUGUGUGUUUUAUAGCAGAAAUGCAAACCUCACACAUACGAUAGCAAAAAUAACAGAAAAAAUGGGUGAUGUUUUUUCAACAGUGUAUAUUUAAAGACCUUUAGGAAUGGUGCAGAGACAUCCUCUAUGGACUUUAUAAAGGGAAAAAAUAGUAUUAUGACCUCUUACAUUUCUUGUCUAUUGGCAUUCUGAGUGUAUAUAUAUUUUAAUUGUACUUAAUCUAAAGUCUUUUUUACAUAGCUUUUUUUUUUUUUUCGUCCUGUAUCUUUUUCUUUUUUUCUUUUGGUUUAAUGCACACAUUUAUUCUCUUGUAAUAGACAUAAUCUUGUUCCUGAAUUUAUAGUUUAUUUCAUAUUAAAGCGUUAAGUAGAUAAAUUAAAAAGCUAAUAUAUUACAACCUUUUUUGUACUUUUGUUUUCUAGCAUCUUAUCUUAUAUAUAAAGAGAUUUUUAAAAUAUAUAAAUGUUGGUUCAUAUUGAGCAACGUCAGAUGUGAAAUGUGAAUCAUAAAUGUUUAUAGUCUUGUAAUAACAUUUUUGUUUCACUAGUGCAGUUUGUCAUGAAUUCCAACUAUGCACAUACAUGUUUGUAGAGGGUUGUUUCUUUUCUAUAGGUUUGUAAGUAUAAUAUUAUUAUGUCCAAUUUAUACUCAACCAAAAAAGUAUAACAAAUGUUACAACACUUGCGCUAAGAUGAAACAUUGAUUUAUUAUUCAUUUACACAAGUUAAAUUUGUAAUAUCAGUCAUUUAUAUUUAAAUAAAUUUUUGCUGAACUUUUUCAUUGAGUAUAUUUGGACCAGAAGGUAGAAAUGGUAAAAGCAGUUUAUUUAUGAUAUACAAUGAGUUAACAAGACUAAAAUGUUUGGUUCUUAAACGGACCAAUGACAUUAAAUAAAAUUAAUACAGUUUUUGCUAGAAAAUGCUAACUGGUUAAAGCUGGUUAAAUGUUUUGAGUAUUUCACAUUAUAAUUGUAUAAAGCAUAGUAUAAAUACUAAUACUAAUACUAAUUAGUAUUUAAUUAUUCCAUAUCAAAUGUUUGAUUUUUCCAAAUACAUUUACUUUAUUCUAAUGAUUAUAUGACAAAAUAAUCCAUCAAUAAUAUCCAGAUGACAUUUAUUAAUUUUAUAUGUAGAUUUUGUAUUAUGUUUUGUUUUACCGUAUAAGUUAAACCUGUAUUAAAAGAUGUUUCGUGUUGAUUUUGACAAUCAACGGUGGUUUUUAUUAAUGCAUGUUAAUGUAGCUUAAGAUGGCAUUACCAUUGGUCUGUUUUAAUGAUACAAAACUUGACGUCUUUAGAUUAAAUAGGCUUAUUGACAAAUGCACUGCUAUUAAUUAAAUAUAUUGAUUGUAUUUACAUAAGCACCGAGUUCAAUUUUUUUGUUACAGUCACCAAACAACAAGUCAAGUUUUAUUUGAUUGCAUGAGGCAAAUAUGUCUGCACAGCCAAGCAUUCAAGUUGGUGAAACUGGAGACCAUAAACAUGUAAACAAGCAGUUAUCAAAAUUAAAAAAAAAAAAAAUUGCGAUCUUGGCCUUAGUUUAUUUUAGGCUGUUUUUGUAUGCUUCAAAUAAUGAAUGAAUGAUUGUUUAACGACACCCCAGCACAAAAAAUACAUUGGCUGUUGGGGUGUUACACUACGGUAAAUGCUUCAAAUAAUGCUUAAGUGGCUGAUAGCUUCACCCCACGAUAUACAAAGAUAGAAAUAUGCAGGAACCGUAAAGUACAUAAACAUGUACUAUAACUAUACUAUUACUGUAAUUAACAGAAGUUUCCAAACAAAAACAUAACGAGUCACAGAAACGCAAACUGACAAUGAGUUGAGUCUCUAGUGUUUUUCCAGUACCAGAGUUCUGUCUGUGUUGAUGUACUCCAAUUUGAGUGAUUUUGAAAUAAUCUGUUUUUGCUUGGAGCGUAUCGACUGAAACGGAACAUGGUAGUGCCAUUUUGAAUACUGUUUAAUCUAGUGAGAGGCUGCUAAAAGACGAAUCAUCACCAUAUCAAGAUGUAUAUUGUUACUAUGCAUCGUCACAGUACGGCCAGUACAAACUGAUGAGAAAAACAAAAACAUCCUGCAAUGAUCUUUGUACAAUAUCACAACAUGGUCUAAUACCAACUUGGAACCUAUUAUAAAUUGUAGUGCCAAAUUUAUAAAUACAUGUGAAGAAUGAAAUUGUUUAAACAAUUCAGAAAUACAUGUAUGUUCAUGGCAUGCUAUUUGAUAUUUAUUACGCAGUUCCAUGUACUGUACAGAAAACUGAUUUUAUUGUUUAAAAGAGAGCAAUACAAUAUGUGGUAUGAACUAGAUGAAAAAACCUUUACUGUUUAAUCAACUGAUGUAACAAAGUUUAUACACGUGGCACUGUAAAGCCGUGACUGGUUCUCUUGGGUGUAAGAACACUACAGAGAUCUUUGUAUUAUAAUAUAAUUUUCAACCUGAAAGACCAUGUCCAUGUCUACCAUCAGAAAUAAAAUCUGGUAGCAAAAA